AUGAUGAUCAUAAGCAGAAAGCCAGAGGGCCCGAUAUCAACAGUACGUCACGGUGAUGGUCUUUACGACUCCUACAUGAGGACGGACCACAUCCUGAAAGAGGACACGGACACGAGCAGUCCUUCUGGCCUGCCCCCCAUGCCCAAACACACAGUAAUCAGUAACAAGGGUGUGAUGAGGGAUCAGAUCACUGUACGAGGCGGCCAGCUGAAGGUGAAGUAUCUGUACGAGGACUCCGCCAACAAUCGCAAGAUCGGCGGAAUCGCCGCGGCCCAGAACGCCGGCCAGACAGCCAGUAAACCGGCACCGGCCACUGCCGUGUCCAAGGAUCACAGCGUUGACAGCUCCGAAUCCAGCAAGGGCUCCAACGACAACUCCGGAUCUCACGGAGUCGCCAACGGAGGGAACGGUACCAAGCUGUGCGGCCCCCUCACGCCGGAACAGGCCGUGAGACUGUACCGGACUCAACUGACCGGCCUGGAGCAGAGCGAGAUCCACUCUUACCCGGACGUCUACUUUGUGGGACCCAACGCCAAGAAGAGGCCCGCCGUCACCGGGGGAAGCAACAACUGCGGUUAUGACGACGAUCAAGGCGGUUACAUCAACGUCCCCCACGACCACCUGGCUUACCGCUACGAGUUUCUGAAAAUUAUCGGCAAAGGCAGCUUCGGUCAGGUGGCUAAAGUGUACGACCACAAAUUGCAGCAGCACCUGGCUCUGAAGAUGGUCCGCAACGAGAAGCGUUUCCACCGGCAGGCUCAGGAGGAAAUCCGCAUCCUGGAGCACCUGCGCAAGCAGGACCGCAACGGCACCAUGAACGUGGUGCACAUGCUGGAACACUUCACCUUCCGCAACCAUAUUUGCAUGACCUUUGAGCUGCUCAGCAUGAACCUCUACGAGCUGAUCAAGCGCAACAAGUUUCAGGGCUUCAGCUUGCCUCUGGUCAGGAAGUUCGCUCACUCCAUUCUGCAGUGCCUGGAAGCCCUGAGCAGGCUCCGAAUCAUCCACUGUGACCUCAAGCCUGAGAACAUUCUGCUCAAACAGCAGGGACGCAGCGGAAUCAAGGUCAUCGACUUCGGUUCCAGCUGCUUCGAACACCAGCGCGUGUACACCUACAUCCAGUCUCGCUUCUACCGAGCUCCCGAGGUGAUCUUCGGCGCUCGCUACGGCCUGCCAAUCGACAUGUGGAGCUUCGGCUGCAUCUUGGCCGAGCUGCUGACGGGCUACCCGCUGUUCCCGGGGGAGGACGAGGGAGACCAAUUGGCCUGCGUCAUGGAGCUGCUGGGCAUGCCUCCUCAGAAGGUUCUGGAGCAGGCCAAACGAGUCAAGACUUUCAUCAACUCCAAGGGCCACCCCCGCUACUGCGGGACCAACACACUGCCCACGGGGGCCACCGUGCUGACGGCGUCCCGCUCCCGCCGCGGCAAGUUGAGAGGACCCCCGGCGAGCAAGGAGUGGAACGCGGCGCUCAAGAGCUGCGAGGACGCCACUUUUAUUGACUUCAUUAAGAAGUGUUUGGACUGGGACCCCUCGUCCCGUCUGACCCCUAGCCAGGCCCUCAGACACCCUUGGCUCUACCGCCGCCUGCCCAAACCGCUGCCCGGAGCCGAGAGGAGCCAGGGGGCGGCCGUCAAGCGGCUCCCCGAACACCACUGCACCUCUUUCCCUUCCAUCGCGGCCAAGGGCGGCUCCGGCCUCGGUACCGCCGCUAGUAACAACAAACUCAGGAGCAACAUGUUGGGAGACGCGGGGGAGGCCGUACCUAUUCGCACGGUCCUCCCUAAACUGGUCACUUAA